AGCCAAGGAGGGGAAGAAAGGAGUUGGGGCAAAACAGGAGGCGUUUCCCCACCCGCAUACAUCCCAGUCCCCGAGACACCCAAUCCCCCCACCCCCAGCCUGCCCACGCCUCCCGCCCCCGGCUUCUCGCCCUGGGGACAGCUGGCAGCCCCGCGCGGACCAGACACAAAGCCGAUCAAUCCCAGAGGCGUGGGGGCGGAGGGACGACCCGCCGGGGCUUUCCCGGGCGCUGCUCCUCCUGCUGCCCCCUUGCUAGGACCCGGCGGACGCCUCGCCUGGUUUUCACGCCCUCUAGCCCCCACCCUCACCCCCGAAAAAAAGAACAGACCCCCACCCCUGGGCUGGAGGACCCGCCUCUUGGCAGCCAGCUGAGAAGGCGCCCCGGGGAGGGGGAAAUUGACAUCCCAUCUAGAACCGUCCCUCCUCUUCCUCCCCUCCCGACUCUGCUCCUCUCCCGCCCCAGAAGUUCAAGGGCCCCCGGCCUCCUGCGCUCCUGCCGCCGGGACCCUCGACCUCCUCGGAGCAGCCGGCUACCACCCCGGGAAGAUGGCGAGGAGGAGCCGCCACCGCCUCCUCCUGCUGCUGCUGCGCUACCUGGUGGUCGCCCUGGGCUAUCAUAAGGCCUAUGGGUUUUCUGCCCCAAAAGACCAGCAAGUGGUCACAGCAGUAGAGUACCAAGAGGCUAUUUUAGCCUGUAAAACCCCAAAGAAGACUGUUUCCUCUAGAUUGGAGUGGAAGAAACUGGGUCGGAGUGUCUCCUUUGUCUACUAUCAACAGACUCUUCAAGGUGAUUUUAAAAAUCGAGCUGAGAUGAUAGAUUUCAAUAUCCGGAUCAAAAAUGUGACAAGAAGUGAUGCGGGGAAAUAUCGUUGUGAAGUUAGUGCCCCAUCUGAGCAAGGUCAAAACCUGGAAGAGGACACAGUCACUCUGGAAGUAUUAGUGGCUCCAGCAGUUCCAUCAUGUGAAGUACCCUCUUCUGCUUUGAGUGGAACUGUGGUAGAGCUACGAUGUCAAGACAAAGAAGGGAAUCCAGCUCCUGAAUACACAUGGUUUAAGGAUGGCAUCCGUUUGCUAGAAAAUCCCAGACUUGGCUCCCAAAGCACCAACAGCUCAUACACAAUGAACACAAAAACUGGAACUCUGCAAUUUAAUACUGUUUCCAAACUGGAUACUGGAGAAUAUUCCUGUGAAGCCCGCAAUUCUGUUGGAUAUCGCAGGUGUCCUGGGAAACGAAUGCAAGUAGAAGAAACCUCCUUCCAGAAGAGUAAUUCUUCAUCUAAAGCCACGACAAUGAGUGAAAAUGAUUUCAAGCACACAAAAUCCUUUAUAAUUUAAAGACUCCACUUUUGAGAUACACCAAAACCACCGUUGUUACACAAAUUAUUAAACUAUUAUAAAACUCUGCUUUGUCUGACAUUUGCAAAGAGGUACAUGAGGAAAUGAAAGUGGUGUUUCAUUUUAAUUUUUAUGGCUACUAACUCACCUGAACUUGUUAUUUUAAACAAAUAGUUCUGUCCACACCUAAAAUACAGUCUGGCUUCUUGUGUCUGGACUAAGUUAAAAGAAUCAAAAUACUUUGUAUAUUCUGGGCUUUGGGAAAUGUUAACUGCUUCCUAACUUCUAGAGAAUGUUAUUAAAAUGUAACAUACUGAUUGUGAAGUUAAUCCACAGAUCAUGAAAAUAUAAAUCAGACUCUGAGCGACAGUCUGAUUUAGGGGGUCCAACAAAUACUCUGACAGAUGCAAAAGGAACCUCUGGUCUCAUUUCUGCCAGACUCCUCUUUUCUCCCCUCAUAUCAUCUUAUUCCGAUGCUCGUUCAUCACUAACAUAUCCACAGAAAGGAGGAAGCGGGAUAGGUCUUAGGCCCGAGGAUUUGCACUUAGUGUUUACUUCCAUUCCUGAGAACUAAAAGCAACAUCAAAAGAAAUACCUAAUGGCUGGAGCCCACAGGUGUGCACCACAGGAUUCGCCUGGUGUGUGUCACUGAUUUCUUCAUUAAAUGUAAUUUUGACGGUCAAACACACAAACCAAAGUGGCUGAUUUCACCCCUACUGCUGCUUGCCACUGCUUCCUUCUUGUAAGAUUUCUUUAAAGAGGAUCAGUGACCUUGGCAUCAGAACUCACCACUGGAGGCUACACAAGUUUGCAGAUACCUUUCCCUGCAGGAGUGGUGACUUCACAUCUUUCUGUCUCUAAAAAUUGUGCAGUGACAUUCCGGGUCAAGUUCCUUGGUCAGGGGUUGCCAAUUCUGCUUUUGGAAAAGGAGGGAUGUGGAGGGAAGAAGUAAUUGUCUACAAGGAAGAUGAGAUGAAAAAACUCACUGACUCCCUGCAUCUGGUACUCCUCUUGAUACAUAGUGGGCACAUGAGAAAUGGUUCAAAUGAAAAGUGGGUCUAAUGUGGGUUUCUCAACUGAUGAACUAUAAAAGCCUCCAGCUACUAUUACAAUGUGAAAAUUCCAAUGAUCCAUUUACCAGAGCAGUUAGACUAUGUUAAAAAUGCAUAUCUGUAACUUCUUUUAAUUACCAAAUUGAUAUUAAAAACAAAAUAUGGCUAGGGCAUGUCCUGUUCUUCUGGGCAAAUCUGGAUGAAAAGGUCACUUGUUACCUUUGACAACUAUGAACAUGGUUAAUCUUCUUUCUUUUCUUUUUUUUUGAGACAGAGUCUCACUCUGUUGCCCAGGCAGGAGUGCAGUGGCACAAUCUUGCCUCACUGCAACAUCUGCCUCCCCUCCGCCUGCCAGGUUCAAGCAAUUCUCCUGCCUCAGCCUCCCAAGUAGCUGAGAUUACAGGCAUGUACCACCACACCUGGCUAAUUUUUGUAAUUUUAGUACAGAUGGGUUUCACCAUGUUGGCCAGGCUGGUCUCGAACUUCUGACCUCAAAUGAUCCACCCGCCUCAGCCUCCCAAAGUGCUGGGAUUACAACUGUUAGCCACCGCACCCAGCCAGUUAUUCUUCUUUCAAAAGAAUCUUCUCUUUUUACCCAAUUGGCAAAGCAAAUCCUCAGGAUUCAUUGAACAAAUGGAUUAAGCACCCACUGAGUGCCUAGCAUGUGCCUGGACACCAGGCCACUGGGAAGAUGCUCCCCCUUUGACUUAGCUGUGACAUUCUAUGUCUCUCACCAGAUCCCUUCCUGGAGGUCGGGCUUCUGUAACAUGGCUCUGCCCCCAAAAUCAAAUUUUCACCACGAGUCAGGGAUCAGCAAAUAUUUUUUGUAAAGAGCCAGAAAGUAGGUAUUUUAAGUCAUAAGGUCCCUGUUAACAACUACUUGACUCUGCCAUGGUAGCACAAAGGCAGCCACACCCAAAAUAAGCAAGUGGUCAUGUCUGUGUUCCAAUAAGACUUUAUUUACAAAAACAGCAGGCACAGACAAGAUUUGGCCCACAGGCAGAUUCCCAACUCAUGGUGGUGAAGGACAGAAAAAAACACCUGUUUACAAGCUUUUGUAAGAAAUCAGGCUAAAUAUUACCUGUUUGGGUUGGAAGAUUUCUGUGGUUUCAGGAAUGCUUUCCUCUUGCAUUGGCAUGCCAAGAGGAUAGAUGACUCUGAAAGACGCCUCUUCAGACAUACCUGUCAUCACACGAGAUCAACUUCUUCAGUUUAAAUGACACAAAUCCAUAUUGUGGAGGGAAAAUAUGUAGUGCCUUAGCUUCACUAACAGUUGUAAAACUUCUUUUGAAGACAUCAAAGGCUAGAGGAUUCAUUUUAUGCAGUGUGAACAUCUAACACUCUCUGUGUCAACAUAUAUUGUACAUUACCUUAAACUAUUGUACUAGCUAACAAUCCUUGUAUAAUGUUUUCUCCCACACAAAAGGCGCAGUAUUGAGCACUAAUUUCCUAAUUAUUAAAAGUAUGUAUAUGUAUCUGUGGGUCACUGGUGUCCAGACUUGUAUUUCCAUUUGUGUUUACUUGAGGAAUUUGAACACUAACAAUUGGUAAAAUCCCAUUGUAAUUCUUAUAGCAUUUUGACUUUACUUUCUUGCAGUGAAUUGUGUUGUGUAAAGAUUAGGGCUUUAAAAUCUUUAUUAGCAAGCUUUGUUUUGUUUUCAUUAGUGUUGCUGUUGUAACUAGAUUUAAUUUAUUUUUAGUUGGAGGUUCGACCUAACUAAAUCUGGACCGAUUGUUUUUCAAUACAACUUUGCAAAGAACUUCCUUCAUCCACAGGUGGCUUUGUUUGAUUAAAGUCUACACUAAUAAAAAUA